AUGCCGCCACCAUUUAGAGGCGGACGAGGUGGAGGUGACAGAGGUGGACGAGGAGGAUUUGGCGACCGAGGAGGGCGAGGUGGAUUUGGUGACAGAGGUGGCCGUGGUGGUGGAAGAGGUGGUUCCUUUGGAGGUAGAGGCGCACCAAGAGGUGGUGGUGGAAGAGGCGCACCACGAGGCCGCGGUGGAGAUCGUGGUGGACGAGGUGGUAGAGGAGGCGCCAAACCAGGUAUCAGAGGUGGUGCCAAAGUCGUCAUCGAACCCCACAGACAUCCCGGCGUCUUCGUCGCCCGCGGCGGCAAAGAAGACCUCCUCGUAACCAAGAACCUCACCCCUGGCGAAUCCGUCUACGACGAAAAGAGAAUCAGCGUCGACUCCCCCCCAACACCCGGCACAGACGGCGAAACUCCCGCAGCCACAAAGACCGAAUACAGAGUCUGGAACCCCUUCCGAUCGAAGCUCGCAGCCGGUAUCCUCGGUGGUCUCGACGACAUCUACAUCAAACCCGGCGCGAGCGUGCUGUACCUCGGAGCAGCAAGCGGAACAUCCGUCUCGCACGUCGCGGAUAUCGUGGGCCCAACUGGACGAGUUUAUGCCGUCGAGUUCUCGCACCGCUCUGGAAGAGAUUUGAUUACUAUGGCGACGCACAGAACGAACGUCAUUCCGAUCAUUGAGGAUGCGAGACACCCGUUGCGGUAUAGGAUGUUGGUUGGCAUGGUUGAUGUGGUGUUUGCGGAUGUGGCGCAGCCUGAUCAGGCGCGUAUCGUGGGGUUGAAUGCGCAUUUGUUCUUGAAGGUUGAUGGUGGUGUGUUGGUGUCUAUCAAGGCUAAUUGUAUCGAUUCGACGGCUAAGCCUGAGGUUGUGUUUGCCAAUGAGGUGAAGAAGAUGAGGGAGGAGAGGAUUAAGCCGAAGGAACAGCUUACUCUGGAACCCUUCGAGAGAGAUCACUGCAUCGUUGCUGGUAAAUACCAGCGAGCACAGCAGUAG